AUGGCUUUCGGACAACAUAGUCGUAACUCGUAAGAUAGUAGAAAGUAUGCGAGUAGAAUACAAGGGCAGAUUUCAUUUAUUUUUUAAACCCAACACCAGAAGAAAAAGAGAAUUUCUAGAGAAAUCAUCAGAUAGGAUAUUGUCUUUCAGAUCGCCUGCAAAUACAAAGUAGAAUUCUCGAUUCUCUCCUCGCCGUAUCUCUGACGAAUCUUUUCUUCCGUCUCUCAGUCAACCUCACAUUCUCAAAGAGAGAAGAAACAACCAUGUGGUUUGACCAUCAGCCCAUCGCCCUCGUUGCCCACCUCAAAAUAUCUUAACCAGUCAUUCGAUUUCUUUGAAAUUCUGUAGAUAGAGAAAUUGGGUCUUUGAGAUGACCUUAUUUGGUGAAUUGGGUAUGAUUCUGAUCAAGGAAAAGCUUGGAGGUUGAAAGGGAAUUGAAAGGAAUUCUGGUGAUGAGAAAAUGGGUGAAAAUGGAAAUGGAAAUGCAGCUGCCUUGCACACUGCAAUGAACGCUGUGCAGGCAUUAGGGAGGGGGUUUGAUGUUAACUAUGAUACGAGGUUAUUGUACUGUAAAGGCGUGGCGGGUUCUAGGAUAGUAGAAGUUGAUGAGGAACAUGGUAGGGACAUUCUACUUGACGAUCAUAUUGUUCUCAAUAUUCUAGAGAUAUCAAGAACUUCAAGAGCCUUUUGGCCGUCACAGUUCUGGGUUUGCAAUUUUCAUGAGAUGCUGGAAUAUUUUAAUAAAAAAGCAAAUGUGUCCGGUGGUUUUCCGCUUGGUAGUUUCAUCUCUGCAUUUAGCUUUACUGGUUCAGCAAAUAUUGAUGCUGCGACCACAAAGACAGUCUCUAUGGAUGGGUUUUACAUUCCACUUGCCAAGUUUCAGCUUACAAAGUCCCCAUCGGUAUUGCAAGAAAAUGUUAAACGAGCUGUCCCAACUUCUUGGGACCCAUCAUCCCUGGCAAGUUUCAUUGAAAAUUUUGGGACACAUGUCAUUACUUCUGUAACUAUUGGCGGUAAAGAUGUGAUAUACAUCAAACAACAUCACUCUUCACCUUUGUCCACCAUGGAGAUUAAAAACUAUGUCCAGGAUAUUGGAAAUCAGAGAUUCUCUGACAAAGAAAGUCAUACAAGUUCAGGUCAAAUCAAGUUAAAGGAUAAGGGUCUUGAUCCUGGCUUAUUCAACAGUCAAGGAAUAUACCCUCAGCCUACCAGUGCACCAUAUCUUAAUGGGAAAGAGGAUGUUACAGUAAUAUUUCGGAGGAGGGGAGGAGAUGAUCUGGAGCAAAACCACACCAAAUGGGCAAAAACUGUCCGGUCCUCUCCUGAUGUUAUUGAAAUGACUUUCUAUCCUAUUACUGCUUUGCUUGAUGGGGUAGCUGGAAAGGAGCAUCUGACCCGUGCUAUUAGUGUUUAUCUUGAAUACAAGCCUCCAAUUGAAGAGCUAAGGUAUUUUCUAGAGUUCCAAAUUCCUAGGAUAUGGGCUCCUAUUCAGGACAAGAUUCCUGGCCACCCAAGGAAGGAACCUAUUUGCCCAUCUUUACAAUUCAGCAUGAUGGGGCAAAAACUUUAUGUCAGCCAAGAGCAGAUCUCAGUUGGACGUAAGCCGGUAACAGGCUUGCGGUUACGCCUAGAAGGAAUCAAGAAGAACCGUCUGAGUAUUCAUCUUCAACACUUAGCUUCUCUUCCAAAGAUCCUACUUCCACACUGGGACACCCAUGUGGCAAUUGGUGCUCCCAAGUGGCAGGGACCUGAGGAGCAAGAUAGCAGAUGGUUUGAACCUGUGAAAUGGAAGAAUUUUUCUCAUGUUAGUACUGCACCAAUUGAAAACCCUGAAACCUUUAUAGGUGACCUCUCUGGUGUCUACAUUGUCACUGGAGCACAACUUGGAGUCUGGGAUUUUGGAUCGAGAAAUGUCUUGUACAUGAAGCUCUUGUAUUCUAGGCUUCCAGGUUGCACAAUACGAAGAUCUUUGUGGGACCAUAUUCCAAAUGACAAAUCAAAAAAGGUUGUUACUACUGUGGGUUCUACCAACUCCGGUGACUCAAGUUCUGGUUCACAAGAAAACAUUGUAAACAAGUUGUCAAAAUUUGUUGAUAUGUCUGAGAUGAGCAAAGGGCCGCAAGAUCCUCCAGGCCAUUGGUUGGUUACUGGUGGAAAGCUUGGUGUCGAGAAAGGCAAAAUUGUUUUGAGAGUGAAGUACUCCUUGCUGAAUUAUUGAAUCUCUUGGAGUGGUUUUGUACGAUUUUUGUACUGUCGUGGCUGCUCUUUUAGUGGAGGCGGUGCUCGUUGUGCAUGUCCAUUUGUGUCCAUCAUACUUGUAAAGAACUGUGCUUUGAUGAAUUUGGUUUGAGUAGGUGAGGAUGUGUAUGCAGGAUAUGAAGUUUCUUCCAGUUUUGGGAGCAACUUCCGUCCCCUUCAAAGUGCUGUGAAUUUUGUAGAAAACCUGUGAAGAUGUCUCUUUUAUCUAACAUGAGAAAGGGGCUUGGGCAGAUCGCUGUCUUGGUAACUUAUAGGAUAAUUAGACUCCUAAUUUCCUUUUGAGUCUUUUUCUUAGUGUUCCCAUCUGGAUUUUUAGUUUCCCUUUUUCCUUCCCACUCUUCCCCUCUAGUAGUUCUUUGUCGUUCUAGUACUACUUUCGCACAGUAUUCGGCAGGGGUCCAGUGAAGAAAGCAUGUUUCUGCAUGUUAGUGGGCUUAGGCUAAUGGAAAACCCUCUCAUGAUACCACAAACUGCAGCCCACUUACAACGAUGAUCGAGUGUCUCCUGACUCCAAUUCAUGCUUGUGAGGAUCCAAUCCUGCAUCCUACUUCUCACUAAUGCAUUGGGAGGUAAUUAGCGACUGCUCUAAAGGCAGAGCACUUUUGAAGAAUACUCUAUUAAGUAUAUUCUUUCAUUAUAUGUUACUUUUUUCUUAUUAACUGUUGCUUAUUACAUUUAAUAUAAAAA